AGGGAGGCAGCCUGUCCUCCCCGGGAGCCUGCAAGGAUGCGGCAGCGGACCGGGGGCAUGGGGAGGUACUAACCCCCCGAGCCCCUAAUCCGGGCUUGCAGUCCUGGUUUGCGGGCCAAUUUCCUGCCAAGUGCCCCCAAGAGACAGAGGCGUCUGGAAAGGCAAGAGAAGGGUGCGCAGGGGGGUACCCAUCCCCAGAGUCGUCUCUCUGCAAACCCGGGAAGAAGACGGGAGGGAAUCGCGCCAUCGUCUUCAAUGCCUCUCUGAACAGCCUUUAGGAAGAGUGUGAGAAAAGAGAGGAGAGAGAGCGCGCGCCAGGGAGAGGAGAAAAGAAGAUGAGGAUUAUUUGCAGACAGAUUGUCUUGUUAUUUUCCGGAUUUUGGGGACUCGCCAUGGGAGCCUUUCCGAGCAGCGUGCAAAUAGGUGGUCUCUUCAUCCGAAACACAGAUCAGGAAUACACUGCUUUCCGACUAGCGAUUUUUCUUCAUAAUACCAGCCCCAAUGCGUCGGAAGCUCCUUUUAAUUUGGUACCUCAUGUGGACAACAUUGAGACAGCCAACAGUUUUGCUGUGACAAAUGCCUUCUGUUCCCAGUACUCCAGAGGAGUCUUUGCCAUUUUUGGACUCUAUGACAAGAGGUCAGUGCAUACCUUGACCUCAUUCUGCAGCGCCUUGCACAUCUCCCUCAUCACACCAAGUUUCCCUACGGAGGGGGAGAGCCAGUUUGUGCUGCAACUAAGGCCAUCCUUACGAGGAGCGCUGUUGAGUCUACUGGAUCACUAUGAGUGGAACUGUUUUGUCUUCCUCUAUGACACAGACAGAGGAUACUCAAUACUCCAAGCUAUUAUGGAAAAAGCAGGACAAAAUGGCUGGCAUGUCAGUGCUAUAUGUGUGGAAAAUUUUAAUGAUGUCAGCUAUAGACAACUAUUAGAAGAACUUGAUAGAAGACAGGAGAAGAAAUUCGUAAUAGACUGUGAGAUAGAGAGGCUUCAAAACAUACUAGAACAGAUUGUCAGUGUUGGAAAGCAUGUCAAAGGCUAUCAUUAUAUCAUUGCAAACUUGGGAUUCAAAGAUAUUUCUCUUGAGAGGUUUAUACAUGGUGGAGCCAAUGUUACAGGAUUCCAGCUGGUAGAUUUUAAUACACCGAUGGUAACCAAACUAAUGGAUCGCUGGAAGAAACUAGAUCAGAGAGAGUACCCAGGAUCUGAAACUCCUCCAAAGUACACCUCCGCUCUGACUUAUGAUGGAGUCCUUGUAAUGGCUGAGACUUUCCGAAACCUUAGAAAGCAGAAAAUUGAUAUUUCAAGGAGAGGAAAUGCUGGAGACUGCUUGGCAAAUCCUGCGGCUCCGUGGGGCCAGGGAAUUGACAUGGAAAGGACACUCAAACAGGUUCGAAUUCAAGGGUUGACAGGGAAUGUUCAAUUUGACCAUUAUGGACGCAGAGUCAACUACACAAUGGAUGUAUUUGAACUGAAGAGCACAGGACCUAGAAAGGUUGGUUACUGGAAUGAUAUGGAUAAAUUAGUCCUGAUUCAAGAUGUACCCACUCUGGGAAAUGACACAGCAGCUAUUGAGAACAGAACGGUAGUUGUAACCACAAUUAUGGAAUCCCCAUAUGUUAUGUACAAGAAAAAUCACGAAAUGUUUGAAGGAAAUGACAAGUAUGAAGGAUACUGUGUAGAUUUGGCAUCUGAAAUUGCAAAACAUAUCGGUAUCAAGUACAAAAUUGCCAUUGUCCCUGAUGGAAAAUAUGGAGCAAGGGAUGCAGACACAAAAAUCUGGAAUGGGAUGGUAGGAGAACUUGUUUAUGGGAAAGCAGAGAUUGCUAUUGCCCCUCUGACGAUCACUUUGGUACGAGAGGAGGUCAUUGACUUUUCAAAGCCUUUCAUGAGUUUGGGCAUUUCUAUUAUGAUCAAAAAGCCUCAAAAAUCAAAACCAGGAGUGUUUUCCUUCUUGGAUCCUCUGGCCUACGAGAUAUGGAUGUGCAUAGUCUUUGCCUACAUUGGUGUCAGCGUGGUCUUGUUCCUGGUUAGUAGGUUCAGUCCCUAUGAGUGGCAUACAGAAGAGCCAGAGGAUGGAAAAGAAGGACCCAGUGACCAGCCUCCCAAUGAGUUUGGCAUCUUCAACAGCCUCUGGUUUUCCCUGGGUGCAUUUAUGCAGCAAGGAUGUGACAUUUCCCCCAGAUCCCUCUCAGGUCGAAUUGUUGGCGGUGUGUGGUGGUUUUUUACACUCAUCAUUAUAUCAUCUUACACUGCUAAUCUCGCUGCUUUCCUGACGGUUGAGCGAAUGGUCUCCCCCAUAGAAAGUGCUGAAGACCUGGCCAAACAAACUGAAAUUGCCUAUGGAACGCUGGAUUCAGGAUCAACAAAAGAGUUCUUCAGAAGAUCAAAAAUAGCAGUGUAUGAAAAGAUGUGGACCUACAUGCGAUCAGCAGAGCCGUCAGUGUUCACUAGGACUACAGCUGAGGGAGUAGCUCGUGUCCGCAAAUCCAAGGGCAAAUUUGCCUUUCUCCUGGAGUCCACUAUGAAUGAAUACAUUGAGCAGCGAAAGCCAUGUGACACGAUGAAAGUGGGAGGAAAUCUGGAUUCAAAAGGCUAUGGAGUAGCAACGCCCAAGGGUUCCUCAUUAAGAAAUGCUGUUAACCUCGCAGUUUUAAAACUGAAUGAACAAGGCCUCUUGGACAAAUUGAAAAACAAAUGGUGGUACGACAAAGGAGAAUGUGGCAGCGGGGGAGGUGACUCCAAGGACAAGACGAGUGCCUUGAGCCUGAGCAACGUAGCAGGCGUCUUCUACAUUCUGGUUGGCGGCUUGGGCUUGGCAAUGCUGGUGGCUUUGAUAGAGUUCUGUUACAAGUCCAGGGCAGAAGCGAAGAGAAUGAAGUUGACUUUUUCUGAAGCCAUAAGAAACAAAGCCAGAUUAUCCAUCACUGGGAGUGUGGGAGAAAACGGCCGCGUCUUGACGCCCGACUGCCCCAAGGCUGUACAUGCUGGAACUGCAAUUAGACAAAGUUCAGGAUUGGCUGUCAUUGCAUCGGACCUACCAUAAAAACCAAAAAAAUAAUUGAGUGCCUUAAUUAAACUGUGUUGGUGACUGAUGGAAACACAGCCCCGAAGGACAUGCCAAGCCUGGGCCUUGGCUCCACCGAUCUUUUGGCUGAGAGUGAAAGUACGCCCUAACUUACUGGGUAGCGACAGCAAUGUGUGCAUGAGCUCAGCUCGGAAACCCAAACUCAGAUUUUAUAUCAGGAAAACUCACAAUCUAG